UCCAUUGUCUGCUUUAUGAGGUUUUCUAAGAAGCGAAAACAUUCUGGGAAGAUGAGUUACCCAGGCAAUCCUCCCGGCGCCGGCUUCGGCCAGGGAACAGAUUAUCCACUACAUCCAACAGCUGCUUAUUGCGGCUCUGGUUAUCCAAUGUAUCCUCCUGCUGGUGGUGGCUAUCCACCAGCCCCAGGCUAUCCACCUGCCCCAGGGGCAUCACCUUAUCCACCUGCCCCAGGAGCUUCGCCAUAUCCACCUGCCCCAGGAGCCUCGCCAUAUCCACCUGCCCCAGGAGCAUCGCCCUAUCCACCUGCCCCAGGAGCUUCGCCAUAUCCUCCUGCUCCAGGAGCUUCGCCAUAUCCUCCUGCUCCAGGAGCUUCGCCAUAUCCUCCUGCUCCAGGAGCAUCUCCCUAUCCUCCUGCUCCAGGAGCUGCACAGUAUCCGCCAACAACUGGGUUUUCUCCAUACCCACCUGCCCCAGGAGCUUCACCCUACCCACCUGCCCCGGGGGCUUCACCCUACCCACCUGCCCCUGGAGCUUCGUCCUAUCCGCCUUCAGGAGCGGCACAGUACCCGCCUGUAUCCGGGGCCUCUCCAUACCCACCUGCUGGGGGUAGCCUCUACCCAGGUGCUGGGGGUAGCCCCUACCCAGGUGGAGGGGGAAGCCCCUACCCAGGUGCUGGGGCGGCACCUUACACCCAAGCAGGUGGUCACCCAUCCGCUGCGGGGGGCAGUUACCCUGCACAACAGAGUGCGUGUCAAGCCACCCGCAUGUCUGCCACCCACUCUGCCUCACCCUCGGGCGGCAGGAUCAUCCCAUACAACGAGAUUCCCACCGUGCGGCCUUCACCCCACUUUGACCCGAGUAGUGAUGCUUCGGUUCUGAGAAAAGCCAUGAAGGGCUUUGGCACAGAUGAGGCUGCCAUCAUCAACGUUCUUUCCCGCAGAACCUCGCACGAGCGACAGCAGAUUAUGUUAAAGUAUCAGCAGGCUUUUGGCAGGGAGGAGGGAGGUGGCACAAAGAAAGGACUAACUGGGGAUUUGGUGAAGGAUUUGAAGAGUGAACUUAGCGGCAAGUUUGAAGACGGGAUCAUUGCUCUGAUGACACCGCUGCCAAUCUACCUUGCCCAGGAAAUCAACAAUGCCAUCGCAGGGAUUGGCACGAAUGAGAGAACACUGGUGGAAAUUCUCUGCACUAGGGAUAAUGCUUCUCUCAUGGAGAUCAAGAAUGCCUACUACCAUCGCUACCAUAAGAAAUUAGAGAAUGACCUUGGAGGAGACACUUCUGGAGACUUCCGUCGUCUCCUAAUUUCCAUGUGUGCCUGCAGCAGGGAUGAACAUAACCAUGAUCCAGCACUAGCUAACAACCUUGCCCAACAACUCUAUCAUGCAGGUGAAGGGAAGAUGGGCACUGAUGAGGCAGAAUUCAACCGCAUCUUGUCUUCAUACUCCUACCCUUUACUGCGCUGUGUGUUUGAGGAAUACUCUAAGAUCAGCAAGAAGAGUUUUGGUGAUGCUAUAAAUGCUGAGUUGUCUGGAGAUUUGAAGCUUGGCAUGCAGGCAAUCUACACGUCCAUCCUGAACCGUCCUGAGUACUUUGCCAAGGAGCUGCGUGCUGCAAUGGCAGGUCUGGGCACCAAUGAUCGUGCUCUGAUUCGCCUGGUGGUGUCUCGUUGUGAAAUAGACAUGGGCAAUAUCAAACAAGAAUACCAUAAACUGUACAAGAAACCUCUAGAUCAGGACAUCAAGAGUGAAACUUCUGGAGAUUACAAGAAAUUGCUCCUGGCACUUAUUGAAGGCUAAGACUUAUCUAUAUAUUAUGAUCUUCUACUGGUGAAGGAAGCAUGGGUACCAGUGGUGAUGUCAAGAAAGUAUCACGUUAAAAGUAAUUUAAUUUUGAUGACUUCUCGCUCCUUAGAGAUAUGAUGUGACCGUGUAAGGAAGUUCUGUUUUUACUACCUCAGUUUCUGUAUCAUCCCCUGGCAGUGUGACCCCAAGAACAAAACACAUUCACCCUCAUUCAUUCAAUCCCUACAUCCAAAAGUGUAUUGACAUCUCUCCACCCCACCUUCAGAGUGUAGGCGAUGCCCUUCCCACUUUGAGGGCUUGAAUCUUUAUAUAAAAAGGGGAUGUAAUCUCAGUUAAAUUCCUCUUGACCUGGUGUUUUCUUCACAUCUACCAAAAUUUUGAUCUCUGCACAACCCUGAUAUUAAUAGCCUGCGAUCUAUUUCAUUACUCCAGAGUGAAAUUUCCGGAGACUUCAAGAAAAUCAUCUUGGGCAUGGUUGAAGGCUCAGGGUGAUCUUGGCUGAUGUCCUGAAACCUGGAGAGAGCAAAGGUGAUGAGGCCCAACAACUCUGCUUAACUAAUUACUAUAUACUUUAUAUGUUCUUUACUGAAGAUAAUGGUGUUGGGUUGCUUAAGUGAUUAUAAUUUUUGUAUACUGUAAGGAGGAAUAAAAAUUAUAAUGCCAUGGCUGGAACAGUUCACGAUUAACCCCUUACAGAGGAAAUUUAGAUGACAUUUUGAUAUAUCCUUUGCUGUCAACUGUAUUUGACAGUUUGUAUAUCCUUGGUUGUCAGACUGUAGUUGAGAUUUUGGUAUAUAGUUUGCUGUCAAACUAUAAUGUGACAUUAGUCUGGGACUAAUCAAAAUGUCAUUUAUUUAUCCUCCAAAGUGUGGGUUUGUUGUCAUUUGUGUGUACAAUUGUACUGCAUCUGUAAGUUAACAAUUUGUUGAUAUACUGUACUUGCAAAACAGAGUGGUAAGGUACUGAAAUGUAUUACAAGAUGAUGUAGUGAGUACUACAACCACUGGAAACUUAAAAAAAAAAAUACUUUGCCAUAGACUAAAGAAAGCACAUACACACAAGCAUAUCUCUACUCCUGUAUCUACAAGUAGGUAAUCAUGCCAUGAUCUAAAGAUGAAAAUUCAAUAAGAAUAAUGUAUUUGGACUUCCAAACAUUUUGUAUGAAACACUGGAUAGGAAAACUAAACAUUUAGCGAUAAUUGUAUAUUGUAUUUUGGCUUCCUUUACUUGGAGGUCCUCUUCGGUAAAUUUAUAGGAUCUAUUUUACAAUUUCUGUUAAAAACUGAAAAAAAUACAAUAAAUAAAAAAUAGAAGAUAAUCUGCAGCAAAAAGUAAAUAGAGAGCAUUUAAAUAUCAAAGGAAAAACAUUAUAGGAUGAUGAUUCAGGUGAGUUACAAGAGAAAGUAGUGUGUGCUACAGCUGCUGUAAAUAAAAGAAAAAGAUGAUAGAAUAAUUAAAGAACAAAUAUGAAUGAUGAAUUACAGUAAUUAAAGAAAAUGGGACACUAAAAAUAGCUCAACUCAUAUGGCUACAAUUUUUUUUUUUUUUAACAAGUCGGCCGUCUCCCACCGAGGCAGGGUGACCCAGAAAGAAAGAAAAUCCCCAAAAAAGAAAAUACUUUCAUCAUCAUUCAACACUUUCACCUCACUCACACAUAAUCACUGUUUUUGCAGAGGUGCUCAGAACACAACAGUUUAGAAGCAUAUACGUAUAAAGAUACACAAUAUAUCCCUCCAAACUGCUAAUAUCCCAAACCCCUCCUUUAGAGUGCAGACAUUGUACUUCCCAUUUCCAAGACUCAAGUCCGGUUAUAUAAAAAUAACCGGUUUCCCUGAAUCCCUUCACUAAAUAUUACCCUGCUCACACUGGCCUGGUGGCUAAAGCUCCCGCUUCACACACGGAGGGCCCGGGUUCGAUUCCCGGUGGGUGGAAACAUUCGACACGUUUCCUUACACCUGUUGUCCUGUUCACCUAGCAGCAAAUAGGUACCUGGGUGUUAGUCGACUGGUGUGGGUCGCAUCCUGGGGGACAAGAUUAAGGACCACAAUGGAAAUAAGUUAGACAGUCCUCGAUGACGCACUGACUUUCUUGGCUUAUCCUGGGUGGCUAACCCUCCGGGGUUAAAAAUCCGAACGAAAUCUUAUCUUAUCUUAUCUUAUCUUAUUGUCAGGUCCCAAAUACCAUUCGUCACCAUUCACUCCUAACAAACACGCUCACGCACGCCUGCUGGAAGACCAAGUCCCUCACCCACAAAAUGGCUACAAAUAGAAGGAAUAAAAGACCACAGUAAUGUGCCUGGAAGAAUUCAUAACCCAUUCUUAAAGACGAAACUCUAGGCAAUGUUUUGGUCUGUUCCUUAAGAUAAGAUAAGAUAAGAUAAGAUUUCGUUCGGAUUUUUAACCCCGGAGGGUUAGCCACCCAGGAUAACCCAAGAAAGUCAGUGCGUCAUCGAGGACUGUCUAACUUAUUUCCAUUGUGGUCCUUAAUCUUGUCCCCCAGGAUGCGACCCACACCAGUCGACUAACACCCAGGUACCUAUUUGCUGCUAGGUGAACAGGACAACAGGUGUAAGGAAACGUGUCGGAAUUUCCACCCGCCGGGAAUCGAACCCGGGCCCUCCGUGUGUGAAGCGGGAGCUUUAGCCACCAGACCACCGGGCCAGAAUGAACUGAAACAUUGUCUAAGUUUUUUCUCUCAGUGUGUCUUAAUUUUUUUUUCUACACGCUGGCUGUCUACCACAAGGAUAACCCAAAAAGAAAGAAACACUUCCACCAUCACUCAAUAUAAAUGGGAAAGUGUUUUUUGGGUUACCCUGCCUCAGUGGGAGGCAGCCAGUGUGUUAAAGAAUAGGAAAUUGCAAAUUGGUCAUUAAACAAGUGGACAACCAAUGGUGCCCUUGUUAACACCAGCUGUCUCCCACCAAGGUAGGAUGAUCCAAAAAAGAAUCACUUUCACCAUCAUUCAACACUUUCACCAUCAUUCAACACUUUCACCAUCAUUCAACACUUUCGCCAUCAUUCACACAAAAUCACUGUCUUUGCAGAGGCACCCAGAUACGACAGUUUCGAUGUCACUCCAAGCAGCCAAUAUCCCAAACCCCUCCUUUGAAGUGCAGGCAUUGUACUUCCCACCUCCAGGGUUCAAGUCCGGCUAACUGGUUUCCCUGAAUCCCAUCACAAAAUAUUACCCUGCUCACACUCCAACAGCUUGUCAGGCCCCAAAAACCAUUCAUCUCCAUUCACUCCUAUUUAAAAAAUGUUGGGGUUUGUUAUUAGAAAGUGGUGGUAGCAAGAAUACAGCAGAUGGUUUGUUAUAGUGUGGUGUAUUUGAACUCAAAGAUGAAGCCAAGUCGAUCAAACGUCAGUCUAUGCUUAGGUCUGGAUAUAACUGAGGACAUGCCUAUAGCCUAGUCGUGUGCAUUUCAAAGGAGUCACGUGACUAAGGCUUGGCAAGGGACCCUGCCCAUAAAUGGUACUAGCACAAUGUAUACUACACAAGUAUUGCCCCAUUGACAAAAAUAGAAUCAAGAAUAAAAAGGUACAGUACUGCGACUGGAACAGUACACAAAUAACCCACACUUUGGAGAACGAAACUUAUGAUGAUGUUUUGGUCUGACUUGGACCAUUAACUAAAUGGUCCAAGUUGGACCCAAACGUCAUCAUAAGUUUCAUUCUCCUAUGUGUGAGUUAUUUGUGUAUGUGGAAUGAGUUAACCAAUGACACAGUGGAAGCAGAUUCUGUUCAGGAUGCUAGAAAUAAAUAUGAUCACUUUUUCACUUCUUGGUUGAAAGUUGAGAGGCUGGAUCAACACCUAGGUUUGCCUCCCCAUUACCAUCCACCACAAAUUAAAAUAGGUAAUUGCACAUACAGUGAUUAUAUGUCAAUGAUGGUGAAAGAUUUUUUUUUUUUUUUUUUGGGGGGGGGGGAUCACCCAGACUCGGUGGGAGAUGGCUGAUGUAUUAAAAAAAAAAUUGCACAUACAUACCUCAUUUAACUUUGAAUCUGUAUUUUUUGUAACCACAUUCACUGUCUCCCACCAAGGUAGGGUGACCCUCCCCAAAAAAAGAAACGCAUUAAUCAUCAUUCAUUCAAUAGCUGUCUAGCCAGAAGUGUGCCUGUAUUUAUAACCUUAAUAUUUCAGUAUGUAAUCAAAUUUAUUAAUGUUGCCUGAUAAGCACUGUAUUGGAUACAUAUUUAUUGCUUUUUACCAUAUUGAUCAUUUCUGACCAUGGGAGGGUGAGGCAAAAAAGAAAACACGCUCACCAUUACUUAUUCCAUAGCUGUCUUUCCAGAAGUGCAUUGACACAAUAAUAUAUACAUGCAAACUUGCAGGGAUACCCAGUCUAAAUAAAUUUUAAGUUAAGAUACAUUAUCUGUAUAAACAUUUGUAUUUUGAUUAUACAUUUUGCAGUAAAUCUAUAUUUUUGUACUGGAUAUGCACACAAUAGUACAUAUGCUGUACACCUAUACUUCUAUAGUCACUAUAGCCAAUAUUUAUAAAAAGUGUACACGUAUUACAAACUAAGCUGAAUCUUUCCCUGGUGUUAUAAUAUUCAUGGGAAGUGCUAAACCCAUAUGGGUCAUACAGUGCCUGGAGAGUGGAAGGCUGUCAGGUUUGAUACAACAAAGAGGAGGAAAGCUAAUUCCUUGGAUCAAGAGCUCUUCAGUACCAAGACCCCCCAGGAAGGUGUCCCUCUUGUAAUACACUAACACUGUCGUUGGUUGGAGGGUCCAAGACUGACCGGUAUGUGGACAGAGACAAGUAUGCAUACAAGCGUCAACUUGGACAAAUACAGUAUAGGCUUUAUAAUGACUCACGAAAUCGUAAUGACACAAUUGCAAACAAACCAUACCACAGAGUUUUGAGACUCUGACCGCGGGUUCAAUCCCGCCCGUAUUAUGGUAGGCUUUAUAAUAAUCAGUUCCUGGACCGAUGGUCGACGAACUUUGGCUGACAGACAUUUCACCGAAGGACAUUUGGCCGAACAGACAUUUUACAAAUGGACAUUUGGCCAACAGACAUUUACUCCAAACAGACAAAAUGGAAUUCGUCACCUAACCUAACCUAAUUUUCCGUUUGGUGAAAUGUCCGUUGGGCCAAACGUCCAUUGGUGAAAUGUCUGUUCGACCAAAAAUCCGUCGGUGAAAUGCUUGUCUGCCAAGUAUCCGUCAGUCAUCUGUCCGACCACGAUAAUAAUUGUAUACAAUGUUAGCAAGUAGGUGUAAAAUACACAUGUGCAACAGUUAAUUAUCUUUAUUCUCAGAAAUAAAAAUACAUAACUUUCACAUAUGUCUUACUUAUCUACAGUUUGAAGAAUCAGACAUUUGUGCAACAUGUUGCAUAUGUGUCUAAUUCUUCAUCUUGUCAAUAUUAUAUACCAUUCAUGUACAAACCUCAGUGUAAUGGACUAAUCAGGGAAAGAGGAUGUCCAGUAGUGGUGACUGUGAUAAUAAAGAUGAUUUUAUUUUGUCAUGAUUUUAACAAUAAUGGAUAAUUCUGUAACAAUGAACCUUGUCCAUUGUUUCCAAAUCAUUUAACCCAGCAGAUUUUGUCCUGUAUAUAUGAAGCCUGUUAAACUGAGGUCCUUUAUAUCAAAGGUUUACUCUACUUGUGCCUGUCCGUAAAUAUGACUAUUCAUUACAGUAGUGUAUGACCCAUAUGGGUUAAGGGCUUGUUUUUUAAUAUACUGUAAUGACUAAGUAUUAUCCAGUAUUAAAUAUAUACUGUAUCCUGCCUUUAAUAAUUAAUAGAGAGUACACUGUUUAUGCUUGCAUGGUAUUAUGUAUUUUGUGAGAAAUUAUAAGGUCUAGCUACCACUAGGAUUUAAAUGGCAGUAUUAAUUCUUGAUCUUAGGUAAUGUAGCUUAUUGCUUUGUUAAAUAAAUGAUUAAUUUAUUGCUUAUCCAGAUUUGAUCUGCUAGAAUAAUUAUUAAAGUAAUUAAAUGUUGCUUUGGAUCAUUUGGUAAAAAAAAAAAAAAAUUGUAGGUAAUGUAUGUAUUUGAUUUUUUUUUCUUGACUAACGCUUGCAUGGAAUGAGGCUCCUGGGUAGUGUUAUCGUGCUUCCAACUUUAACAAGUGUGCCCUCAAAUAAUUUCUUGGUGAUUAAUGAUGCUGUUUGCCACAUUGUUGAGCCUUUCACCAUAGUCCAACGAUGUCCUCCGAUCUCAAUGGAUUUUUUGGUCUUCCUGAAGGAGUGUCUCGAGGUUGAAGCAUUUUUUAUAAAGGAUUUUUUAGUUUGUAACUUUCUCAUAUCAAGGUUAUUUCUCUUUUUGAUGAAAAUUUUUAGUUUGUAAUUUUCUCAUACUGACAAAUUGUUGCCUUUUAUUUAAAAUGACAACUAUUGUAUUCUUAUUUGGCAUUGCUUUCUAUAUCAGAGCAGUGUUAGUGGAUCAAAAUUUAAACCAAAAAUAUCUUUGAUUUAGUUAUAUAAGAGUAGUAUAGUCAUUAAUAUUAUUAAAAAUUGUAAUAGGUAUAUAAGGAAAGCAUUUAUUAUUGUAACAAUUGUAACCUUUGUAACCAAUGACAAAGUUCAUUGGUAAAUCAGAUUAUUUAAUCUGGUGUACUUAAGUAGAAAGUGCAAAUAUAUUUACAGGUUGCAAAUCAUGCUUGUUGUGUUAGUAAGUUCCACUAAUCAGUUGCUUUAUCUUCCAAAUAAUACUAUUUAUUUCACAUAAACCACUGUCUUAUGAAGGGUUUCAAUAAAUUUAUAUCUCUUC